AUGUUAUCUCUCCUUUUAAUUUGUCUUCUAACCCCUCUGUCAUCGAGUAAAAAAAUUUUUUUUCGCAUGUUUUUCCAAAAUUGGAACAAACAAAUCCAAAAAAAUUAUAAGUAAAAUUAAAUUGUUUUGUAAAAUAUUGUUUUGUAAAAUAUUGUUUUGUAAAAUUUUGUUUUUAGAAUAAAAGUUCUUUAAAAUUCAAAAGAUCUAGCGAGAGUUUUUUAUUAUAAGAUAUUCCAAUUAAUUUUAAGAAUUAAAAGUUAUUUAUAAAAAAUUCUUGAUUGCUCACUGAUUUUCUGCCAAAAAUAGAGAUUUUUUCAUGGUUUUGGUCACCGGAGAAGGAAUGAUGCAAGCAUUCUCCAAAGCCACGGAGUUAAUCUUGAAGACUGUGCUGCAAGUUGCAAAGAGCAAUGCAAAUCUCAGGUAGAAAAUUGCUUCAGCGGAUGUCUUUUCAACAUUUGCGGCUUUGAUAUUCAAAAAGGCUCUUUUGGCGAGCUAAAUCAACCCUCCCAACUCCAAGAUGAAGUAGGAUCUUCGAGUUCAGAGCUGUCUGAAGCAGCAGAAGCUGAAAUCACUAAAACUACAGAAGGUGUCAGGACUAUGAUUUUCCUCGAAAACAAUGAACUUGGUCUUAGUGAAAAUGUCAUUUACAAUGAAAAUAUUUUACCUUCUGAGUGGAAAUUCUAUAAGGUUCCAUUUUAUCAAGGGCAUAAAGACAUCGCCCUAUUGAUAAAUACUGAGUCUUCUAACCCUCAGAUAUACAUCAGUCUAAACGCUAAUAACAUCAAGCCAAAUUUAAGUUCAAAUAACUACUCCUUCAGCAAUUUUAUAAAAGGAACUUUAGAAAUCAGCCUCAAAUGGGACUCAGUUGCCUAUCUUAACUGUAACUCUAACCAGAAAGGCCAUUACGAUCCUUCAAAGCAAUGCGCCUAUCAUAUAGGUGUCUAUUCUCCAACAAGCACUAAAUUUGAUAUAAGCUUCACAUCUAUUCCUGUAGUUCCUACACUAGUCAAAAUUGGAAGUCCGAUAACUUCAAAUAUGAACCUUUAUGAUCAUAAAUCUUUCUAUGGGGUUCUUGAUGUAAACAGCCCAUCAGCUGUCAAAGUAAGCAAUCUAUCAGGGAGAACUUCGCUUUAUGUAAGCUUAUUUGACUAUGAUUCUGUUGGAAAAGAGUCUACCAAAUGGCCAAUGCCUUAUUCAUCGCCAAAUAGCUUUAAUAGCAGCAAAGUUUAUGAUGAAAUUAAAUUUGGAAAAGAUUACCUAGCAUCUAUUUGCCCCAGCAGAAAAUGCUUCGUAGAAAUUUGUUUAAUUUGCUGGAGCGACCCAUGUCAAGCUCAGCUUUCUUUGUUAAACCAGAGCUAUAGCUAUAUGAAGAAAGACACUUAUUAUACUGGAAGCAUUUGCCUAAAUUGCUUCCAUUAUUUCCAAGUUCCUUUUUAUUACGGCCAUAAAAACAUAAAAGUUGUACUCACGCCUGUCUCUUCAGAUGUAGAUUUAUAUGUGAGACUUAAUGCAAAUAACGGAGUCCCUGAUACAGUUUUCUAUGACUACAGGCUUCAAAGAGGUGGUCUACUUGCUGAAGAAUUCACUCUUACAUUUGAUUCCGUUGCCCAGCAGAACUGUCCUGUUAGCUUAUCAGCAAGCCAUGAAGGUGUUAACCCAUGUGUAUAUCAUGUGGGUGUUUAUGGGUACUCCCAGGGUACAUAUUCAUUGAUUUAUUAUGAAUAUGAUCUAUUCGAUAACCUAAGAACAGGAUCUGUGCAAGUAAAGUCAAUUGGGUCAAGCAAGCAUGGUAUGUUUUAUUCUCUACUUGAUAGCAACUAUGAUGCAAGCAUUCUUGUAGACGAACUUUUGGCUGGAAAAAUGAUCAUGAGUAUCUAUGAUUAUGGAGCUGUCAAAAAAGAUAUGUCAAAACUGCCUAAUAACUUAGACUCUAAAGCAACGCUUAUUGUGGAGAAAGAUUCUGAUACAGUCGCCUUAAGGAAAGAGUAUUUGAAAAGCUUGUGCCCAAGCAAAACAUGUUUGGCUCAGAUUUGCUUGCAUUGCCCUUAUCAUAAUAAUAAAAUGCGCAGUCGGAGUUAGCCCUCUCCAAGAUCUUUUCUAACUUCCAGUAAUUUAUUAUUGAGGGUUUGGUUUUAACAUUAACAUAUAGCUAGCUAUACAGGGAGCUGCAUAAUGAGGGCAAAGGUAGCAACGCGUAGCAAGCAUAUAAUAAAUGGGGCAUUGCCCUUAUCAAGAGUGCUAUCCAAGACUUCAGCUUCAGCAAGAUAACGAACUCUUAUUAGAAGAAGGAAAAGCGUAUAGAGACCAAGUUGAUGAAAUGACAUUCAAAGACUAUAAAAUUCCUUUUUCAUAUGGACACAAGACUAUUACCAUCGUGCUUAAUGUCUAUAAAGGUGAUGCUGAAAUUUAUAUUUCACUCAAUGACAAUGAUGGAAGACCUUCUCCAGCAUUUUAUGACUAUAAAUCAAAUUUGAAUUCAACCAGAGAAGAAAUUACCUUAACUAAUGAUAAAAUCGCAAUGAACAACUGCCCUCAGCUUGAAGGACUUGCUGCCCAUGAAAAUGGUGAGCCUUGCUAUUACCACAUCGGAAUAUACGGCAAGGUAAAUUCAGUAUUUUCAGUGCAAGUUUAUCCAUCUUCAGCACUACCAAAAGAGCUGGCCAGCAAUUCUCCAAAAUCAAUUAGCGCUGUAAAUACAGUUGAAGACAGGUUUUUCAAUGUUAUGAAUACAGAAAAACCUGCAAGAGUAUCAAUAGAUAGGAUUUCUGGAGAAACACUUGUCUAUGUUUCCAUUUUUGAUUUCGCUGAAAUCGGCCCUAACUCUGCUUCUUGGCCCCUGCCAAACAAAGCCAAAAAGCAAUAUAAAAGCAGGUCAGAAUAUGUUGAAGAAAUUUUCAUAAGGAAUGAUAUCUUACAAGAAGUUUGUCCAAGUGGACUAUGCAUAACACUUUUGUGUAGCUUUUGCAUGAGCGAUGCUUGUGAGUAUCAGCUAGAGGUAAGACAAACAUUGGUUGCUGACCAGCAAGGCUUAUUGGUUAGUGGCAACUUCUCUUCAACGCUGGUGGUUUGUAUCUUUAUCACUGCUCUAUUUGUAUCUGUCUCGAUUUGGUACUACUGCAAUAAGAGGCAAAUUAUGGAGAAGAAAAAUCUUUCAACUUUGACUGAAGCCCUUAUUGUUGAAGAAAAAAAGGUCUAA